AAGAGACAGGUGGCACGCCUCAGCCCCAGGAGGCGAGCUCUCCUAGAGAUGACGCCUCUGCCAGCUGCGAGGAAGCAUCUGAGCCCGUUUCCACGGAAACUGUCUCCUCAGCCAAUCGGCGAGGGCUUGCGUCGCUCCCGCCCAACGUGCCAGUCAUCAGCCUGGGGCACAGCAAGCCCCCUCCUCCUGCCAGCCGAUGCAUGCCCGCUACCAAACUCGCUGCCCUGCACCCCAUCCCUUCUCUGUGCCCGGCGGAAGGUAGAGGUCAGCAUGCCAGCCCUCAGACUCACCCUAUUUCAGCCAUGGCACCCCACUUGCUGCCUCAGUACCUGCCUGGGCACCCCUUUCUCAACAGUGGCUACCUGGGAUCUGCUGGCACCUUUGGCGUGUUCUCCAGCCGCGGCAUCAAGAGACGGCCCUUCACUCACUUUGAGGUCGAUAUUUCAGAAGGUGUGUGUCUUCCAGGUCCUCCUCAGAAGAUGGCUCGCCGGGUCUUCACAAACAGCCGGGAGCGCUGGAGGCAGCAGAAUGUCAACGGAGCCUUCUCCGAGCUGCGCAAACUCAUCCCCACCCACCCGCCCGACAAGAAACUCAGCAAGAACGAGAUACUGAGGCUGGCCAUGAAAUACAUCAACUUCCUGGUCAAGCUGCUCAAUGACCAGGCCUCCAACCAGGCUAGGGGAGGGGAGACCGAGCAGCAGGAGGAGGAGGUGGAGGGGACGACAGUGACGGGACACCCCAAGAAGAAAGCCCCUCGUUCCCUUGAACCCCAAACGGACUCCGAUCGCGCCUCCAUGUCCCCUAAACUGGGUCUCAAACCAGGCCUAGUGGGAGGCCUCCGAGGCAGAGACUCUUCGGAUUCCGUGGUUGCCAUGGAAACCUCGCCCAGCUCCAGUUGCUAUGGCGACACAGGCAGCCCGGAGAGUGAGGAAGGGGCGGAGCCGAGACAUUUGGUCAGCAAUGGACUUGAAGUGAAGGAGCAGACCCUUCUUGCAACCUCUGUCAGUGACCACCGGUGACUUAAUCAAUGAAACAAUAAAGAAUAAUAAUAAGAACAAUAAUAAUAAAGCAAGUAAUGAAUAAUAUUUAGGAAGCGGGGCUCAUGAGAGUCACUAGGAACCUGCUUCUUUUUUGUUGUGUGGAGUUGUUGUUUGUUUUAUUGGAAGCUUUGAAACCUCUUCUAAAGGUCUUAAACUCGGAAACCUACUCAUGAUGUGUCUCCACCACAGCAAUGGUCUCUUUCUGAUGGCCACAGUGCACUAAGCAAGCCCCCAACACAUAUAGGACUGAGAACAUGGUAGCAUUGUGAUUGCUCCCUUCUGGGCAUGCCUGUGUUGCAGAAAUGCUAGCUGGCAGGUUUGACCUGUAAAGGAGUUUGCAAACACACCCUUCGACCUUCCCCUUGAAGCUUGCCUGGGUCGGGCUGACCCACAUGGAUCACUUCCGUCUGUUUCCAUGAGCAGUUUGAAAAGGGUGUCGAGCGGUCUGAGGAUUCAUGUGAUGUCAUUCUGAUGUUAUAAAUCAUGUGUGAGAAAUCAACCAAUUACGGUUAAGGCUUUGUCCGAAUUCGAGUAAGUCUUGUCUUGGGUUGUCCCAUUGCAUCUUGUGCAGUUUGGGCAAGAAAACCAGACUGGACAAGAUAACACCUGCUAUAAUGAACUAGAAACACCCUGUGCGUAUUAACUUGCAAUUGGUAAGCGCUCUCUGUACAGCGUUAUAAUCUCUGUAAAUGUAUAUAUCCUUGCAACACCUUGUGCUUAGCGAUCCAGCGUCAAAUAGAUCUUGGAAACUAUCUUGAAUUGAGUUGUUUAAUUUAGUUUGAAACUUUGUUUCCCAUGCAUUGUACUUGUUAUACCAACGAAGCGUUCCUUGAAUGUUCAUAGAGAGCUUGGAUUAAUUCACUCAUGAGGAGAGCAAUAAAACAUCCCACUAGCUCACUUUGUGGGCUCAUCGGUAUGCCUCGUUCAUGGAAUAUCUUUACCGCUCCGCGGCU